GCUUUGCUUCUCCUCGUUUUUGAUUCUGUUUUGGCGGUUGUCGUUUCCUUUUUGCAGCUUUUUUUAUGGCUCUUUUUGUUGCAUGCAAUGGUUCAAUUUGGUUUCUUUUUCAAUUUUACAUCAUUUCUGGAUUAGCAAAUUUGCCAAUGAUCUUAUAAUUUCUAAUUUUUAUUGUGGAUAUGCGUUCUAAAGACCCAGAUUUUUGUUGGGUGGUACUGUUUUUCAUUAUUGUUGCUGUUCAUUCUUCUAUUCUGGUUUAGCUUAUUAUUACUGUUAUUUUUAUUUUUAAGAGCCUCUUUCUGAAUUUUUGGUUGUAAAGGGGUGUCUGAGAACAAUUUUUUCUAUUAAGUUCUACAACGUUUACUGCUUCGUAUUUACAUGAUCAGAAAAGGCAGCUGGCUUGUUUCUCGUGGGUCUUUGUUUUUGCAGUAAUGCGAAUAUUUAUUAUAACUUUCUUUUUUUCAAAUAUUUUAUCCCCAUACGUGUGAUCUGCAUGUGAGUAGUGUGUUUUAUUUUAUGUGUUGUGUGGAAGUGUAAUGUGUUGACUUGGAUUUGAGAUUUGGGUGUAAUUUUAAGUUUGAUACACCAUCUCUUUUUUUCAUUGGAUGUUGAAUUCUAAGUCUAUAAUUGUAGGCCUGUAUUAAAUGCCUGCGGUCCCUGUAAGCUAAAUUGGGUUUCAGUUCUUUGCUUUAUGUUAGUACAGGAUUUGGCUGUUUAGAAAUAGGGAAGUGUUGAAUUACAUAGUGAAAUUUAGUUGUUCUCGAAAUUUGUUGAAGCACAUCAUGUAAAACGUAUUCUUCUGAAACACAAGAAAAAUAACAGAUCAAUCAGCUGGAUGGUUUUUCUAUAGCAAACCUAAAGCUUGGGUUUGCUUUAUUUUCAUAAAUUGUUAGGUAGUUGUGAAAUGAGAGAGAUUUCCUGGUGAGAACUUAUAUUAAAUGGCUGUAACAUCAUAUAAAACAACAUAAUUUGUAGGGACCAUGUGACUUUAUGUAGGAUGAGGUGGUUGGUAUUUUGGUUUACUACAUUUAUUGGAAUGCUCCCGAUUCUUGUUCCAUAUGUUGAGUAUUCUGUUCUCCUUGAAUCAAAUCAUGUAGGUCACAUUUGGUAGUCCCAUUGGUAUUGAAUUUUGCCAUUGUGGCAUUCAUAGCAUUCGAAGGAACAAAAACAUCAUAGAUAACACAGGAUGGGGCCAUGAAAUAAAAUUGGAGUGAGCAAGUUGCAUUCUCUAGAGAAGGGAGACUAUGGAGCCAAAUGGUCACAGAAGAGUGAGAAGAAGGGAGCAUCUUUUUCACCAAAAUGGUGAUAUGACAUUACCAACUUUUGGUGAUGUAGAUCCAUGGACUGCAUGGGCGUACAAGCCUCGUACUAUUUCACUGUUACUUAUUGGUGCCUGCUUGCUUAUUUGGGCAAGUGGAGUCAUCAGUCCUGAAAGCAGUGCUGCUGGUGACAUGGUUACAUCUGUCAAAAGGGGUGUAUGGGCAAUGAUUGCAGUUUUUCUUGCUUAUUGCUUGCUACAGGCCCCUUCGACGGUUCUUAUAAGGCCACAUCCAGCAAUUUGGCGCUUAGUUCAUGGAAUGGCUGUAGUCUAUCUAGUUGCCCUCACAUUUUUGCUUUUCCAGAAGCGCGACAAUGCUCGGCAGUUCAUGAAGUUUCUCCACCCUGACCUUGGAGUUGAACUUCCUGAAAGAUCGUAUGGUGCGGAUUGCCGCAUUUACACGCCUGAGAAUCCUACAAGCAGGUUUAAGAAUGUUUAUGAUACACUAUUUGAUGAAUUUGUUCUAGCCCAUAUAUUUGGAUGGUGGGGCAAGGCUAUAUUAAUACGUAAUCAGCCACUUCUUUGGGUAUUAUCUAUUGGGUUUGAGUUGAUGGAGUUUACCUUCCGCCAUAUGCUGCCAAACUUCAACGAGUGCUGGUGGGACAGUGUCAUUCUUGAUAUUUUGAUAUGCAAUUGGUUUGGUAUUUGGGCAGGAAUGCUUACGGUUAGGUACUUUGAUGGAAAAACAUACGAGUGGGUUGGUAUAAGUCGUCAACCAAAUAUUAUGGGCAAGUUCAAACGAACACUAGGACAAUUUACACCAGCACAGUGGGAUAAAGAUGAGUGGCACCCCUUGCUUGGUCCAUGGCGAUUUAUCCAAGUUCUCAGCCUUUGCGUGGUAUUCCUGACAGUGGAACUUAACACAUUCUUUCUUAAGUUUUGUCUUUGGGUUCCACCUCGGAACCCUGUGAUUGUGUAUAGAUUGAUCUUGUGGUGGUUAAUUGCCAUACCAACGAUUCGUGAGUACAAUUCUUAUCUCCAAGACAGGAAACCAGUAAAAAAGGUUGGAGCUUUUUGUUGGCUUUCGCUUGCCAUAUGCAUCAUCGAACUUUUCAUUUGUAUCAAGUUUGGACAUGGUCUAUACCCUAAGUCAAUGCCUGUGUGGUUGGUUAUCUUCUGGGCAUCUACUGGAGUUGCUCUUCUGAUAUUCCUGAUUGUUUGGUCAUGGCAACUGCAUAGAAAUUUGGGGAGAAAGAGUCAGUGAUUAUGCUAUAUAUCAUGUCACACUAUUCUUUGAUUCCUUUUAUGAACUUAUGGGUAUCCAUCAAUGUUGUAAAUACCCAAUUCACAGAAUUGUAAAUACUUGUUCUCUUAGGUUAGUGGAUCACAGUUUUUUCAUUAGAGCCUAUUCAUUUUUUGUACUUGAUAGGUAUUGAGAAAUGCUUCAAACAUGGACUCGAGUUACUAAUAUUUUUUAGCACACCCCAGUUUUCUGUUUCUCAGAGUUUUGCAUGUGUAGUGAACUUUUAUACAAUGCAGUGGAAAAUUGUGGCAAAAUGUUUAGAAA